GGUGCGGAGAAUAGAAUGUGCCUUUGUUUCUUGCAUACUGUGAAAAUACACACACUAGCCUCUCCACCCUUUUCUUAAUUUUGUAUGUUUCUCUGAUUCUACACGGAUUUAGCUCACAUGGUUCAUGGGUUUUGCUCCUUUUUCCAAACAUGUUGUUUUUAUUAACCCACUCUCUCACUUAAUUUAAUUACUCUCAUGAGUUUUCUCUUUAAAGUUUGAGGAAAUUGAGCUUUUUUGUCGAAAGGUUUGAUUUUGCUAUCUGGGCUAGUAAUAGUUUGGUGUGGUUGUGUUUAUUUUGGUGGUAGAUGGGAACUCAGACAAUGGGAUCUCAGGGUGGUUACAGUGGUGGUGCUGGGAGGGGAACCCGAGAACCCAAAUUGGAUUCUUUGGUUCGACAGAACUCGUUGUAUAACCUUACUUUGGAUGAGGUUCAGAACCAUAUGGGGAAUUUGGGGAAACCCUUGAGUAGCAUGAAUCUUGAUGAGUUUCUCAAGAAUGUUUCGAGUGUUGAAUCUAAUCAAGGACUUGGGAGGGGGGAAUAUGGGGUGCAGAACCGGCAGCUUGCUUCGGUGUCCUCGUUGAGUAGAAAGCCGAGCUUGAGUUUAUCGAGGGAUUUGAGCAAGAAAACAGUUGAUGAGGUAUGGAAGGAUAUACAGCAAGGGCAGAAGAGGCCUGGUAUUGGGAUGAAUUCUCGUGAAAGAAACUCUACUCUCGGUGAGAUGACACUGGAGGAAUUCUUGGUUAAGGCGGGUGUGAUUAGUGAAGGAGAAAAAGCUUUGGGGUCUGUUGUUGGUGUUAAUCCCGUCUCAUUGCCCCAACAAAGUGUUUCUCUGCCAGCUGCUUGGAUGAACUAUCAGAUCCCCCCGACUCAUCAGCCAACUCAGCAACAGAUAAUGCCAAUUCUGUUCAUGCCUAGCAAUUCAGUUCAGCCACAGCUUUCUUUGAGUUCAGAUCCAAUUUUAGAUUCUUAUGGUGAAACACAAAUGACUUCACCUUCCCCUUUAUUGGGGACACUUUUAGAUGCCCAGAGUCAAGGGAGGAAAAGGAUUGCUUCUGAAGAUGUUGUUGAGAAAACUGUUGAAAGGAGGCAGAAGAGAAUGAUCAAGAAUAGAGAAUCUGCUGCUAGGUCACGAGCAAGAAAGCAGGCUUACACUAAUGAGCUUGAGAACAAGGUUCAAAGGCUAGAAGAGGAAAAUGAAAUGCUCAAGACACAAAAGGAGGCAGAAAAACUGUUGCCAUAUGUACCGUUUCCAGAGCCAAAGUAUCAACUUCGCAGGACCAGCUCAGCAUCUUUUUGAAGAAGUAUCGCUUGAAGGAUGGUGUGUAGCUGCUGUUUGUUAAUGUUAUUGUAGUUCUCAGUAGGAAAGUUCUAGAGUGUCCGUGAAUUAUAAACAUGUACCCCUCUGCCUUGUACGGGUUGCCCUGGGAACUCAAUUCCAGAGGCAUGUUUAUCGUUACUAUGGAGUUGCCUUGUUUUGUUGUAUGUACAUUUUGUAGUGUACCAUAGUCCAUAGGACUCAGUUUAUAAAACAGACCAUGAAGCUGCUAUUUUCCUUUUCUCA